ACAUUUCUCUUCAUCCUUUCCAAACUAUUCAUCUUGGCCUGAAACCUGGUCGACUCAGUGAGUCAAACCAAAUGGGUAUAUGCAUGUCGUACGAGUCCACGCAGGUGGCGACGGCGAAGCUGAUCUUGCAAGACGGAAGGAUGAUGGAGUUCACGACUCCGGUCAAAGUGGGUUACGUUCUGCAAAAGAAUCCUAUGUGUUUUAUCUGUAACUCCGAUGAUAUGGAUUUUGACGACGUCGUGUCCGCCAUUAGCGCCGACGAGGAGCUUCAGCUUGGACAGCUUUACUUCGCAUUGCCUCUCAGCUCGCUUCAUCAGUCUCUUAAACCGGAGGAGAUGGCUGCAUUGGCUGUCAAAGCUAGUUCUGCUCUUAUGAGAAGCGGUGGCUCUUGCGGCCGAGAUAAAUGCCGGUGUCGCCGGAAAUGUGUUUCUCCGGUUAUCUUCUCUGCCCGGAGAGUUGCGGCGGCAGGAUCUAACGGUCAGACGAGGAACGGGAAAAGACGCGGCGGUGGUGGUAGCGGGAGGAGGAAGUACGAGGCCAAGUUGAGUAAAAUAGAAGAAUGAAAAGUUUGGAGAUUUAGUAAUUAUUGUAGGUUAAAUUUGUGAAUAUCUAGUUAUUAAGGGGGUGCAAAUUACAUUUUAAAACGUGGGGAAAGUGAUUGUAAUUGGUCUACAAUCAUAUGAUUGGAUGAUUUACGUCCUAAAAAUUGAGACAAAAAUUCCAAAAAAGCAUUAAUUUUUUGUUAAA